UCCACAUGUGUCCUCUGAGAAUGGGAAGUCAUUCUGGAACACAGCUCUUCCCACGCUCCGGGCCCACACACCCAGCUCCACUCCGUAAAAGGAGCCCUGCUGCCUGCCCACCCACCCUGGGUGCUUUCUGUCCCCUUGGCAGACAUGAGGCAACGAUUGCUCCUGUCCUUUGCCAGCCUUCUCCUUGUGGCCCUACUGUUUCCAGGAUCGUCCCAAGCCAGAUAUGUUAACCGCUCAGCCAUGGCGGCUCCCAGAGAACUCGGGGAGGGAGCCCCUGGGCAAGGCACAAACGGGUCUCAGCUGUCACACCACCCAGUGAAACGCGACCUCUUACCACCGCGCACCCCACCUUACCAAGAACCUCCAUCAGAUUUAAAAGUUGUUGACUGCAGGAGAAGUGAAGGCUUCUGUCAAGAAUACUGUAAUUACAUGGAGACACAGGUAGGCUACUGCUCUAGGAAGAAAGACGCCUGCUGUUUACAUCCGAACUGAUGUUGCUGACAUAGAAGCCAAGCUCUGCCACUUACCCGUUCGGGGCCAUGAUGUCCAGUCCGGGGCAGGUUUUUUGCAGAGGUGUCUGAGCAGCAGGGAGCAGAGGUAUUGUCACUUGUGCUAGACAGUUCAA